AUGGAAGGAAACUCUGCACCAAAGAUGGAUUGGACGAGCAAAGAUCUGCCAACUGCGUGGAAAGCAUUCAGGCAGCAUUGCGAGUUCACGUUUGGAGAACCUUUAAAGCGUAAAAGCGAAGAAGAAAAGUGCAAUUAUUUGAUGAUUUGGGUAGGAAACAAAGGUCGUAACAUAUACAAUACGUGGGAACUGACUGCAGAUGAAGUGAAGAAACUCGAGACCUUCACACGCGGCGUGACAGAGCAUUACGACCCUGAUGAGCCUGAAGUGGAGAUCUUUGGAUAUAAUGAUAGCUUAAGCAAGGAGGGUCGUGAGUGGAAUUGUAAGCCCGUUGAUAAACCUAUUUAUCAGGAAUAUUCACCGCCAUCGGACGACGAUUAUGAACUCUUGUCGGUGGGGAACUCUCGAGUUAGAUAUCGGAUCAUCAACGCAAGCUCGCCAGAAGGGAGCGAAAACGAACAGCAAAAUGAAAAUGAUGAAAUGGCCUGGAAGCGACUCAGACCAUCCGUUCUUCGCACAAAGAUUCCUCUCUAUGUUAUAUUUCUAAUAAGCAUAUGUUGGAAAAUUUAUCUUCUAACAAAUCACUUCCGGAACCUGUCGAGUAGAGCGACUUUAUUUAUUAAAUUGAUAACACCCUCCUGCUUCAGUCUCUUCACUGGCAUCUUUAUAAAAUCGUUUAUUUAUCCAAUGUACAACAAACAAACUGAACAUGGAAAACUCCUCAUUGCACUCUUCUCACCUCUCUUUGUAAUUGUCUUUAAGGUAAUCUUACGACUUUGUGCUCAACGCUUGAAGAAAAUUGUUCAUCCAGGAUACUCGUACACCCUACUAGCGCCGUUGUAUUUUGGAUCAGCGAUCAUGUUUCGAAUAAUUCAGGCAGAACUUGAUAACCUCAAAUUUAUCGCUGUUCUUGGAAUAAUCCACGGCGCGGUAGAAGUUCUAGAACGAAGCACCGUAGUCUUUAUUGAUCAUAUUUGUCAUGUAAUCUUGAAAAGGAGAUCAGCUCCUUGGGGAAGUUUUCGCACUCCUCGCCGUGAGAGACUAAUGGCUGAUAUUGCCAUUUUAAGCAUGUUAUGUGAAUCAACUGCUAUUGAGUCUGUUAACGGCGUCUUGUAUUUGUAUCAGUUCACUUACAUGCAAAACAUUCCACUUUUAAAGCUGCUUCAGGAAUUUGUUAUUCAUACCGCAGUUGCGCUGGUGAUUGAAUGGUUUUUCACUGGCGUAUCCUUGGCCAUCGAGACUCGCUUUCAGAAUAUAGCAGUUAUGGCUGUUUGGCGCAAAAGAUGGAAAAGACACAUUUUUGUUGCAAUGGCUAAUCUGUUUCUAAUCGCUCUCUGGAAGACAGAAACUUUCUUGGAAGAUGUUCAUGGGCGCUUUGAUGAAUGUAAAGGUCAUCCGUGCGAAAUGCCUUUCAAAUAG